UACACUCCCAUGCACUACACCGGGCGUCCAAACGCCAGUACACACUGUGUCGCCACCUGCGGAUGCCACACACACCAGCGGGACACACUUAGUGUCCCAAGGUGAUACUCUCAACACCAGACGCCAAACACCGGACUCCAAACACCAGAUGCCAAACACCAGACGCCAGACGCCAAACACCAGACACCAGACGCCAAACACCAGACAUUAAACACCAGACACCAAACACCAGACACCAAACACCAGAAUCCAAACACCAGAUGCCAAACACCAGACGCCAAACACCAGGCACCAAACACCAGACGCCAAACACCAGGCACCAAACACCAGACGCCAAACACCAGACGCCAAACACCAGAUGCCAAACACCAGACGCCAAACACCAGAUGCCAAACACCAGACACCAAACACCAGAUGCCAAACACCAGACGCCAAACACCAGACACCAAACACCAGACACCAAACACCAGAUGCCAAACACCAGACGCCAAACACCAGAUGCCAAACACCAGACACCAAACACCAGAUGCCAAACACCAGAUGCCAAACACCAGACGCCAAACACCAGACGCCAAACACCAGACAUUAAACACCAGACACCAAACACCAGACACCAAACACCAGACACCAAACACCAGACACCAAACACCAGAUGCCAAACACCAGACGCCAAACACCAGGCACCAAACACCAGACGCCAAACACCAGACGCCAAACACCAGACGCCAAACACCAGACGCCAAACACCAGACGCUAAACACCAGACGCCAAACACCAGACGCCAAACACAAGUCGUCAAACAUCAGACGACAAACACCAGGCACCAAACACCAGACGCCAAACACCAGACGCCAAACACCAGACGCCAAACACCAGACGCCAAACACCAGACGCUAAACACCAGACGCCAAACACCAGACGCCAAACACAAGUCGUCAAACAUCAGACGACAAACACCAGGCACCAAACACCAGACACCAAACACCAGAUGCCAAACACCAGACGCCAAACACCAGGCACCAAACACCAGACGCCAAACACCAGACGCCAAACACCAGACGCCAAACACCAGACGCCAAACACCAGACGCCAAACACCAGACGCUAAACACCAGACGCCAAACACAAGUCGUCAAACAUCAGACGACAAACACCAGGCACCAAACACCAGACGCCAAACAUCAGACGACAAACACCAGACGCCAAACAUCAGAUGCCAAACACCAGACGCCAAACACCAGACGCCAAAAUACGCAUCACUCACUAUGCCUAGGCGUCCACAAUUUACUGCGCCUAUUACACAUUAAAGGCCGUCGG